UGCUUUGCUUGUGUCUCUAAGACAGAGGUGAUAGCAAAGAUAGCUCUUUCUUGCUGUUUAAGUUUGUGCUAGUUUAUGUGGUUGUGGUUGCUGUGGUUUAUGUGGCAGUAGGUUGUGCCUGCUGUUCUUCCUAUUUUUUUCUUCCCUUUUUGUCAGAAAAAAAGGAUUGGGUGUGUUUCCAGUGGACUUACAAUGCUAUGAUGGUGUCAGAUAUAAACCAGCAGUUUAGCUAGUGAAAGGGCGGGAGCAUCACAGGAAUUCAUGGCUCAGGAACUGAAAACAUCCCCCUGCCACCACCCGCAACAGCUGAGUACAGAUGGAGAAGCUGGCUGUUUUCCAUCAUUAUGGGAACAAAAGCCUGAUGUGUCCAAAGGGAAAGGUGUGAUGGCUCCCAAACUAUAUGAAAUGCAUUUAAGAGGUAGCGGUGCUACAGCAGUUGUACAGGCUGCGCUAUGCAAACCCAGGCAAGAACGUGUAGCAAUAAAGAGGAUCAACUUAGAAAAAUGCCAAACCAGUAUGGAUGAGUUACUUAAAGAAAUUCAAGCAAUGAGUCAAUGCAAUCACCCCAAUGUGGUGACCUAUUACACAUCUUUUGUGGUGAAGGAUGAGCUUUGGCUGGUUAUGAAGCUGUUAAGUGGGGGUUCAAUGCUUGAUAUAAUAAAGUAUAUUGUCAAUAGAGGUGAGCACAAAAAUGGUGUCCUUGAAGAACCCAUAAUAGCAACAAUUCUUAAAGAAGUUUUGGAAGGUUUAGACUAUCUACACAGGAAUGGACAAAUUCACAGAGAUUUGAAGGCUGGCAACAUUCUUCUGGGUGAAGAUGGCUCUGUACAAAUAGCAGAUUUUGGUGUUAGUGCUUUUUUAGCUACAGGAGGCGAUGUGACUCGUAACAAAGUAAGGAAAACAUUUGUUGGUACUCCAUGUUGGAUGGCCCCUGAAGUGAUGGAGCAGGUGCGAGGUUAUGACUUCAAGGCUGAUAUGUGGAGUUUUGGGAUAACAGCCAUUGAGUUAGCAACAGGAGCAGCACCUUAUCACAAAUAUCCUCCUAUGAAAGUGUUAAUGCUGACAUUGCAAAAUGAUCCUCCUACUUUAGAGACAGGUGUAGAGGACAAAGAGAUGAUGAAAAAGUAUGGCAAAUCCUUUAGAAAAUUGAUUUCAUUAUGCCUUCAAAAAGAUCCUUCCAAAAGGCCCACAGCAGCAGAACUUUUAAAAUGCAAAUUUUUCCAGAAAGCCAAGAAUAGAGAAUAUCUGAUUGAAAAGCUUCUCACUAGAACACCUAAUAUAGCACAAAGAGCAAAAAAGGUAUCAAGACAAAGUGCUCAGUCUAACUUUCUCAAAGUCAUCUUUCUGAGAAGAUGUUUGAAGGAGGGUGUUUCCAGGAAAGAACUGUUGCAGCCUUUCGUGACACACCAGUUCCAGGGUUAUUGGACAUCUGUAGAACUUCUUAUGUGUUCUUAGCAGUGAACUGAACUGAUGCUUGUAACAUUUUGUUGUCUUUGUGAAUGUUUCAUCUAAUUGUUUCUAUAGCUGGUGUUCUGUGAUAGGAAGAGGCUGUCAGUGGGUUCAGUAUAGUAUGAGUUCUUUCUAAUUCUUCUCUUAGGUAGAAGCAAUUUGGGAAAUCAGUGGCAACGGUUGGACUUUGAGAGGCUGGAAAACAAAGCUGGAAAGAGAGGGCUUCUUGUAGUGUAGGGGUAGUAGUAGCUUGUUGAGCUGUGCACUAUCUGCAAAAUGCAAAGUUCAGCUGUUUGGCCAUGUGGUGGCAGCAAUGCCCACAUAAAAAUUGCCCUAACUGGAGAGAGAAAAAUAAGUAGAGAGAGCAUUUUUUCAUUUUCCUUCUUGGGCAUUGUAGGAGUAAUUUAGGCAUGCUCUAGUACUAACUCUGUUUCCAACAGAGCAUGGACCUCAUAGAAUUUCUCUCAGUUGAGUCCUCAGGUCAGCUAUAGGAGCUGCAUGUUAACUCAUAUAUACCCAUGUACAUAUACUGAUUUUUUUAAGUUAGCAUCUGGAAUUGCAAAAUGAAUUCAUAGUAGCUUCCCUUGUGCCAUCAGCAACAGCUUGUUGAAUGUUUUUUGUACAACUCUUCUUAAUUUGGAGGAGAAGUGAUUCUUAAUAAGUAAAAGCUGAAUGAUGCUAGAGUAAUAAAUUAUAGGUCUUUCAAUUGCAGCAUAAAAUAAUAAAAAAAAAGGUUUUAGCUUGUGAAAAUACUAAAUUAUUUACAUUUUACAAUAUUAAAAUUCAUUAGGAAUUUAAAAUUUAAUUCACUUACAACUUUGCAUGUAGCUGCUGUUUUAAGAUACUAUAAAAUAUAAAUGUAUUUUAAUAUUAAAACUGUGUGUUUUGGUUUUUUUUCUUUGUUUAAAUAAAAAAGCUUUAAGCAGAGUUUGGUUGCUCUAACAUUCAUGUAACAUGUAAAAUGUCUAAGAGGUCACCCUUGGAAAGAACAACCCUUGUAAUGGAAAAAAGAAUGUCUCUGGGUAAGAGAUAGGAAGGAACUGGUGUCAUCACUGUUUCAAUUAUCUUCUGUAGCACUGGGUAAGAAAUGCCUGUAACUAAUGAUCUACAGUACCACUGUCGGUGCAGGUAUUUGAUCUGCCCUGUAGUAAUUUAUUUUUUCUUGCACUUACUGCACGUACAGUUACUUUGCUUUGUUGCUCAGAACUCCAGCCUCAGUGUAGUUUUAACUUUAAAUUCUUUUCUCUUGACAUAGUAUUCUCAUGUUUUGCUAAUGUAUUUACAACUUACUUUUGGUGGCAGUUUUGACUAAAUAUGAAUACAGGCCUGUUUGUGAAAUCACAGGUACACAUGGUCUUGUAUGUGUGAGGAAAACAUUCAAGCCUGUAAAGAUGCUUCCUAUUAUAAAAAACAAAUGGAUAAGAUUCAACAAGUCUUACAGCUUGGGUUGAAACUACUGUGUUGUAAACUACAUUGUUGUGCAUGUAUUACCCAUGUGCCUUUGUUUGUUUUUAAUUGUGUUAAUCUUGAAAUGAUGCCUCUUCUUGGUACUUCAGGUAAUCAAGGAUAACGUUAAAACACUUCUAGAAUUGACUGGCCCAGGAGGAACGUAUCUUGCCUGUUUAUGUGCAGAACCUGCUUAAAUGCAUAUCAGUACCGAUCUACAAGAACAGGUGUUACGCUAUGCAACUUGGCCAUUUAGGGUUUUGUUAAUGUUACUACUCAGUUGGGAGACCAUUGCUGGUGUCUAGAAAAACUGGAGAAAUGGCUGCUCCAAACGCAGUGCGGUCUGACAAGCAGGGGACAGCUCUCCAAGGCCACACUUUUGUUGCUGAUUGAAAUGUGGGAGGCCUGACUGAAGCUUCUUGCUUGUUGGAUGGUGUUAUGGUAGAGAAGCCUGUCCUGUCCUGCUUAGAUCAGGGCUGUGUUACACCCCUGUUAAGCUCUUGCUAAGCUGUUGUAUAGAUACAUGUUUUAACACGUGUUGAAGUAGUUUUAGUUUUGGACUGAACUCUAAGUUUUAUUUCAUUUGUGACUAAAAUUGCUGUAUUGGAACAGAGGAGGUUAGAAGCAGCUUCCAGAAUUCCACAGUCAGCUUUGAAAUCUGGUCAAACUAAAAAAUUAAUUACUACUGUACGUACUCUGUAUGCCCAAAGGGCAUUUGUCAAUUCUGUGAUUUUUAUAAUCCCAUUUCUUUAAUUUUGAGAACCUCCUGCAUAAUUGCCACUUUUACAAAAUGAACAGGGAAAAAGGUGUGCCUGAGUUACAUUUAAUAUCUAUCUGAACUGUUACUAGUUAAAAAAACAAAACAACAACAACAAAAAAAAACACAAUUCUGAGUAAUUGGGCUUGAAUUCUAUUUUUGGGAAGGUGCUAUUGCACUGCAUUGUUAAUAGAAGCUCUUUAAACCUUAGAGUUGUAAGUUAAUGGGGAAAAAAAUGACAGCAUAAAGAGAUGAUUAGUGUGAGUGAUACCAGUUUUUAUUAAAAUUUCAGUAGAAAUACCCUUACUGAUGGGUUGAAAUUCUAGGUCUGUGGUAGAGCUAAUUAAGGGAAAUGGAUCCGAAUGGCAUGUUAUCCUGUUAAAGAAAUUAACAAUCCUAGUAGGGAGAGCAGUAUGAUACGACCUAAGCAAGGCAUCAUUUGCAACAUUUGCAUGUUGCAGUGAUGGAUUUGAUCUAAUAGAAGCUCUUCACCAAGGGUUGGUGUUCAUACAGCUGUGUUCCAGACCUUCUGUAAAGCAGAGAGCAACACUAAUCUGAGCCCAGAUUAUUAAUAAAAGCAUAUAUUCAUUGCUGUGAUUCUUGACGCUUCAAAAAAUGCUUACCUCAUUAUGGCUGAUAUAUAAGGAGAAUGGACAGAUGCUGUCCUGGUAUGAUUUUUCUGGAAAACAGCAACUGAAUGAUAAGUAUGUAUUGGCAAGACUCUGUUGGGGAGGCCACUCCACCGCAGAGUAUUAACUCCUCAGUUUACCCGUAGAACUGCUACAAAUAAAAGCAAAAACAAAGAAAAAAACAGUGCAGCUAUUUUUAAUGAUGUUGAAUAUUACUAAAAAAAUAGAGGAGAAAAGGGCAUUGUCUUUUUUGCAAGGUUUGUUUUCAAGAUGUUGAAAGUAAAAAUUAACAGAAACACUUCCCACGAAAUGUGAUUUUUUGGAGGUCAAAUUUACAUAAUCGGAAAGUUAUGCCUCCAUUUGUGGUUGGUGGAAUCGGAAAAUGUUUUAAGAGGUGGACACUUACAGUUUCAUCAGCUUUGUUUUAACACAAAACAAAAAGAAAAGACUGCGGUCAACAUUUGUCAGUUACACUUAAAUGCGGUUGUGCCAUAAGAUACGAAGAACUUCAUAUGAUGUAUAUGGGUUCGCCCAUCUGUUCUUUCAUAGAAUGGUUUUGCCAUUUGUAGAGAGUUCAGGAAGCUGGAUUUUGUGCUCUUAAAUGAAGCUAAUCUGUUAGAGAACAGACAGGCUUUAAAAGGAACUAUGGAAUAGUUGUCUCUUUGAGUCUUUUAUGCUUCAGAUGGCUGUAAACGUUUUUAUAAUACAUGUAACUUGUAUUAUUUUUUUUUUGGUGGCAUUUAAAAGCUUACAUGCAAUUUAUCUUAACCAUUAAAAAGUAAUCCAACUUUGUAUUGGAUAGUGUUUUCCAGUUCUUAAAACAUCAUAGUUCAACUUCAGAAUUCAUUUAUGUAGUGAAAUAGCCAUCGUCAUUCGUGAAUGAGCAGAUCGGUGCUGUUACUCCAAUGUUGUGUUCGUAACCUCUUGACCCAUUCAAAAAUGUCUAGACCAUGACUAACAUGAAGUUGGUGAAUAAUGAGAACUUCUUUUGUUAGACCAGCAACUUAAAUACUUAACAUUUAUCUAAGUUGUUGAAACUUAAUACUGGAGGAGAGUUUCAUUACCUUGAAAUGCAAGUGUAGUAUAUCCUUAGAGACCCUGUUGAAUGAGUUCUGGCUAAAGACUUGAGACAGCAUAAAGAAACUGCAUGAUGCUGAUGGUAUAUUCUUUGAUCAGGAGGUCUUGUAAUGGUAUUCUUAAAGUUGUUGGGGAGAAUGGGUCAAGCAGGACAUCCUUGAGAUUAUGCUGCCCAGUGGUAUUACACAGGAAUUAAUUUUAGCUGAAAAGUGCUUCUGGCUCGAGAAGUUAAAAUGAUGGAAAGAACUGGAAACUUCAAGGUUUUAAUCAGAACAGGCAGUUUAAGGCUCGCAGAUUAGAAAGAUGGACUGGAAUAGUAAUAGUGUGCAGGCAAAGUUCAACUUAUGCUUAGCACUGAAGAGUAGCUCCAGGAGAAGAUUGCUCACCUGCGCAUGCACAGUUUGAAUACAGUUAGGUAGUAUGUAAAAUGAAAAGGGAAAAAAGUCAACUGAAUUACAAAGCUUGUGCAUCUUAACUGCUGUGUGGGAGAGCCGCAGACAGCAGAGGGCAGCCGUAUCUAACACAGUGCAAGUUCAGUCCUUGUAGUCAUGAAGGCUGUGGGAACGUUGCAAAGUUAGAAGCUCCUCUAGGUCUGCAAUGUUAAAUGCUAAAGCCUGGUAAAAUGUGUGCUGUUUAUGUCAUACUAAAAUAUAAACACUGGAGUUUUAAAUACUUGGAUUUUAUGAAAAUUGUAGAUUUAUGCUCGUUAUUUUCAUGAUCAUUUAUAACUUUUUUGAGAACUAUACUCAUUUUUUUGUUGUUUUGAACAGCUUAAUUCCUUUUAAGUGUCUUGAAUAAGCUUGGGUCUCUUUAAUACCUUCAUUUUCCUCUCUCUGAUUGCUCCCCUGUAUUCAAUGUGUAAACUAUGUGUGUAGGUAAGUGUUCCUGGCAAUUUUCUUAUUUCGUGGCCCUGCCUUCCUCUCUCAGUUUUUCUGUCACAUUCAUCAUCUGAGCAUGAUACUGUUUGUGUUUGGCUUUGAAAACAAACCAGUAUCAUAUGUGUUUAAAGCAAAUUCUUUUUUUUUUAAAUAUAUAUAUAUUUUUUUAAUAAACAUGUCUGUUCUUUGACUUGUGCCGUUUUAUCCAUUAAAUAAAAGAGACACUAUUCAAGAAGCAGUAGAGAGUUAAGGAAGUCCUAUGCAAUUUGAAAUUAUCCAUCUCUUUCAUGCAUUGUUCUUUUGUGAAAAAAAAAAAGAAAAAGUAAUGAUCUUGCAUUUAUUGACUUGAAAUUUCCAGUGUAAAUGAUUCCAGUAGCGAGUAAAAUUGGUAAUUUAGAGAUUUGAAAAAAAUUUAUGCGCUAAAUGACUUAGGUGCCAUUUCAGUUUUUGCAGUCCUUUGUGCUGUAUUAAGGAAGAAAUAAGUAGUUGUGAAUUUGCAUUAGUGUCUCACAGUUUUCCCUUAUUGACUUGUCUCUCUGAAGGUAAUUAUAUAUGUUUCAUAAACAUGACAUUGCACACUUCAAAGUAAACAGCUGUUUUGCAAGGGUGUGCUGGAUAGCUGCUAAUACAUACUUUAAUUCUAACAGAAGAAGUACAGUUAAUUAUUGAAGACAAAUAAUGUGGGAUCAAAAUUUGAUUUUGAAAGCCUAAUACUGAAGUAAAUGAAACAUUAUGAUCAUAAUUCUAAUAUGAAAUUUUAAAUGGGAUAACAACUUCUAUCAGUGUUUCCAUGUUUUGUGGACACCAGUUACACUUGACUUGGAAUUGAAAAAUUCAGUUGGAAUUAAAAGUUUAUUGGAUUUGAAGGAUACCACAAGAUUUCCUUUAUCUUGUGAGAUAAUGUAUAUGUGAGAAUGUUCACUGCUCAUGCUUUUUCUGACUUAGGACAUACAACCUGAAGUUCUGAUGAUGCUUUGUCUCCUCUGGCUAGGUCACCUUGGAAUACUGAAAUUCAAAACUUUCAGACUUGAGAGCACGGGAGAUGUGUACACCAAAUAACAUGUUUGCUUCCCAGGAGCUUCUCUGUGUUCUUAAUUCAAAAGGUUCUUUUCUCUUACAUAUGUAAUAUACCCACCAGAAAUGCCUAAAGAAACUUCCCAGCAACAGCAAAACCUUCAGUCAUCUGUGUCUUCUCAAUCUGCUCCUUAUGCAGAACCUAGAUGUGGUUGUACAACAUAGAGAAGCAAUAACAAUUAAUGUGAUGUAGAACAUGAAUUGUAACUUUGCUUAAUUUUCAAGGUUCAGGACCAGCCUUACCUAUCAUUUUCUGCAGGUAUGAAUUGUAACCCUAGGAAUGUUUCCAUAAUGUGGAGACGUGGGUGGCAUAAUAGAGAAUUUGAAGCUACCUGUACAGUGAAAGAUGUGAUGCAGCAAACCUCCCCAGAUCUUGCAAGGGGAAAGGACUUACAUAGUCCUGAGUGAUGGCUUGCACCUAACAGAAUUUUAAUUCAGAGAUGAGAGUCCAAAUUAGUGUCUGGCCCUGAAAGAGCAGAAUUAUUGCAGAAUUGGUUUCUAUGUCAGGUUAAAAUGCUUGCUGUCAAAACAGCGGCUUAGGCCUCCCUGCAUUUAAAAAAACAAACAACAACACAACAACAACAACAACAAAUGUUCCUGCACAUAAAUAUAAAACAUUUAGAGUUCUGUCUAACUACUUUUGCAAGUAGGACAAAAAAAAAAUCUAGAAAAGGUGCUUCCACAUAAGGAUUUGUAUUGUGCAGAGAGGCUUAAGAGAAGGGAAAGCAAACAUCAAAACAGCAAUUUACUGUAGUAUCUUAACACCUGAUUCUUACAGAGCAGAAAUAUUUGGAUGUUAUUUUAAUAAGGUAGUGGUACAUUCCAUUAAUAAUGAUAAUCUGCAUAGAUAUUGGUGAGGGAAAAAAUAACCCUUCCCAAUUACAUUUUGGGGUUUGGAGGAUGUUUUGGCUUACGUCAGAGUUGAAAUGAAACUUCCCAACAUAAUGAACUCUUAUGAGUUCUUAUGGGGAGCGUAAUAACCAACAGCGAAGGGAUUGGGGUAUCCACAGGCCUUUAAGACUCAGUUGAAUGGCGACUUCCUCCAUCUCUUGAGGAAACAUCAUGACUAUUGAACAGAGGAUGACAUAUACACAGGGGAAUUCAGGCUCUCUCCUGUACCUCAGAUUCUUUUUGGAAAAAUGUGAUUACAGCGUAGAUGUUCAUAUGCAAAAUGAAUGAUGGUCUUUUGCAUGAAAAUAUUUUGUAGAAAAGUGAAUUCUCCAAUAUCUGCCUUUUACCCCAAGUGCUAAGCUGUGAUUAAAUUUAGAACUGUUUUAAGCAAAAGGUUUGUGCUCUGAUUGGAUAAAUUUGAUGGGAAGCUGAUUUCCUUCAUUGCAUUGCAAUGCAAAUAGAUGCAUAGAUGUGAGGAUUUAAAUUAGUUUAUGUAUCUUGGGAAACAUUCAGGAAAGAUUUGAAAGAGGCCUGAAGGUAAAGUUUGUAAAACCUGAUUGCUCAACAGGCUUAAGAUGAGUAUGGAGGGAACUGGUGUGUUUCUUAGAGAAAUGCACAGAGUAAAAUCUGCUAAAAACCAGAAUUGUGUUCUGUAAUGUCCUAUUCCUCUUUUUUUCCUGCAAAGGUAACAGGAGCAAAUGGCAUGGUAAAUUUCUUAGGUUGAAUCUGUAUGAGAGGUGAAGCUUUUGAGCCUUGUGAUUUAAAAAAAAAAGGGGGUGGUGGUGAAGGGGGUAUAAACAGAAAACCUACCUACCUCAUCAAUUACCAAUUAAUACUAGCACUUUAAAGAGCAAUUCAGCCAUCUUAUCUUUAAGAAAUUCUGGGGAUCUGUAAUAGUGGUGUCCUAUCUCCUGCAAGAACCAUUACACAGUUUUAGGGAAAGGUUGAAAUGUACAGCAUUGUUUAAGUGGUUCCUCCUUGCUUCUAGCAACAAAUCAGAGUGCCUAUAUUUAAUGUUUACGUUCCUCUUAUUAUGUUAAACGGCAACUGAUGAUCCAGUUACUUUUGAAUCCAUAACAUAGGGCAAUUGUAGUAUGAUGAUGUGAGAAAACAACGUUCUGGUUGGUGGUUGUUUUUUUUUUUUUUUUUUUCUUGACAGAUUUAUGUUCAAGCUGUCUGGAAUAAACUGGACUUCUUUAUGAAGUUUCUAUUGGGUAGCUGGAUAGUAGGAUUCUGUUGCAUGUGUGUAUAUAUAUAUAUAUAUUAAAGAAAUAAGGCAUGUUUAGGAUUUAUUUUCUGUGGCUGAUAAACAGUGAUGGUUUUCAUUGUUUGUGUGCCACGAACCAGUGAAAAAACAUUGAUUCUAAUGAUGAUUUUAUAAAAUUUCAGAAUCACAAACGCUUGAACUUUGAUUUGUUUAAUCUGUUGUCUGGCAAAUUUGUUCAAGUGAAGUUUUGUCUAGUUUAGUGUGAAUUUUUGUAAAUUUUCCAUAGUUAUGUGACUACACAAAUUUAUUUGAAGGCAUUUGGAAAUUAGAGUCAUGGACUAACUUACUCAAGAAGCAAAGGACAGAUGCUGAAUUUGUUUGGAAUUCUUUUUAUCACUUGCGUUUGAGUUUGUAUUUGCGUUUUUCAAGCUGGUUUAUCCUUUGAGAUUUGACUGAGGCAUGUAAGUGUCAUUCCACCAAGACUGUUUAUUGCUGUUCCUAUUAAAUAGAUGAUCCUGUAUCAGGGCAUCUUUUUGAACACAGUAGAGAAGAAAAGAUUGCUUACAAAUGUGCUUGUUAGCUUCUUUUGGAGUUCCUGUUGGUGUGCUUGUGUUUAUCCAUGUUGACAGGUGUCCUUCAUGUCUUUAGUCUGUAUAACUUAUGUCCAGUAUUAACACUGAGUAUUUCCUAUUACUCCCCCUCUCUUACUGAAAGAGCUGGGGUAUAACUGAUGUUAAUGCAAGAUGCAGGGGAAAGCAUCAGUUACUCCCAUACUUGGAAGUUUACCAGGUGAUGGUAACUGUGUGUUCUUGGCCUUUGUCAAUUAUCUGGGAAACUUGAGCUUUUUUUUUUCUUCCUCAAGUGAAGAGAGAUUUAAUAUUGGCUUUUUUUUUUUUUUUUUUUUUUUUUUUUUGUGAGGCUUUCCAUUAAUUCUUGAAUCCAAAAGCUGCUAUAAUUUCAUAUGCUAAAAAAGCUACUCAAGACACUGUUUUGAAAAUUCUGUAGUUUUUGCUGCCAUUGCAAAGGUUGUGUGAAGUAAUGACAAUAAAUAUUUGAGAGUAAUUGAGUGUAAUAAAUAGGAAAGUGUUCUUAAGUGUAAAAUUUAACAGCAUGAUCUUUGUAAUAACACAAUAAUUUUCUUGAAUAAAAUCUUGGAGCUUUUUGAAGCAGUAGAAAAGAUAAUGUCAUGAGGAACAAUUCUCUAAACACUUAUUCAUUUUUGUAGAACUGUUUCCUUGUCUCCUCUCCAGUAAGCUUAGUGUUAAUUGUAUUUUCCCCCUAUCUGGGGACAUGCCACCAGACCAAUGCUAACUUCUUCACCUUUAUGUUUGUUUUUUUUUCAAAAAGCCCUUGAAAUUCAGGAAUAAAUUAAUCAGCUUUCUUGGAAUAGGCAGAAUAUUUAGUUGAAUGAACACCAUACUGCUUUUCUGAGCUAAUGUUUGUAUUGUCUUUCCUGCAGCCAUGAUUGCGGCAGUGAGUUCUGACCACUCUUAUUUUUCUGUUAUAAAAGCAGUAACUGUCUUGUAGCAGGGAGCAAAGCAUGUACAAAGUGCCGUGCUGGUAAAGGUGUCUUUAGGAGAAAGCCUGCCUCUGGAAGAGGGAGAAGUCUUUAGGGUCUUUCUUUUUCCAGCAUCAAAGUCAAAUCAGGCCUCUUACUAGGACAAACUGCAGAAAAUGUGUGUUUAAAUAACCAGCUUGUCAUUCUCACUCUCUAGGGCAUGUUGGAUCGUGUAUGUCUUGAAUACUGUAUUAGCAGAUGUAGCUGAACAGCAUCAGUGGUAAAAUAAAACACAAUUUUAUCUCUAGAAGAAGCUAAGCUAUUUGAUUCCAUGAGAUGCAAGAUCUCCAGGAGAAUGUGUGUUUUUUUUUUUUUUUUUGUUUUUUGUUUUUUUUUUUUUUUAAUAAUGAUGAAGAUUUUCCACUUGGGAAUCUACAGCACGCAAACUGUAGAAUAGCAGACUGUUACAUAGCUAGGAAAUAAUAGGGAGCAUGAUUAGGGUUCCAUGAAGGCUUCUGCAGAUGUUGGAAAUGGAUGGCAUUUACACAUUUGCCUCUUUUUAAGAAUUUAGGAACAAAUUGCUUUUGGAAUGUAAGUUACCUGUGCAUGGAGCAUGGUAGUGGUAUCUUCUAUAUAACUGAAGUGUUCAGUGCUCAUUAGUGCUGUGAAUUUUGCUCGCACAAAUGCACCUCGUUUGUCAUAUUUUCAGGUUACCUUUACUUUUUUUGGGGGACAGAGUUAAAAAAUAUUAUAAAUCCGGAUGUGAUUCUAUCCCAAGUCUUCAGUUGCUAGAGACUUUAAUGUUAAAUAUUAAAGCUUAAAUAUUUGAAAUACUGGACAAAUCAGUAGUCUUUCUAUUGAAUGAGGAAGACAAUAGAUGCAUAGUUAUUACUCAUACUGAAAAAAAAAGGUUUUAAAUGUGAUCUAGAUGAUGUGCUCUACCAUGUAUGAAAUGCAGUAGUUUUUUCUUUAUGCCUGUAUUCAGUGGCAUCCCACAGUAUGUCCUUUUUGUUUUAAAAAAUUAGCUGCUGAAAUAAAACACUAAAUGUGUAACCAGGCCAAGUUCUUUUUUAUUUUGAGUAGCUGUGAAUAAGGAAGUAGAAAGAUCUUAACAUUCAGAAAACAUUCAUUCCCUUCCUUGUCCCCCUACAAAAAUAAACUUGUAAAGAGAUUGCAGAAGCAAAAGAAUCAGUGAUGAAUAAUAGAUUCUUCUUCCCCCACUCUCUGUAAUAUCUACAUAUAGCAAGCACUUCAGUGCCUAGAAGACAACAAUUUCUUUUGCUUCCUUGUCGUAUUCUGCUUUUCAUCAAACUUUGGGAAAGUGGGCAACUUCUGCAUUCUGAUGCUAGAGUUCUCUCUGUAUCAGGCAACCUUUGAGCUAACUGUUGAUGGUUAAGAUUUACAGUUGCUAUGUUCAUUUGGUUAAGCAGACUUUCUCCCGGAAAGCUUAUGCAUGCUAUUUUUUUGUCAAGAAUAUUAAUGAUCUGUAUCCUACUUUAAAAGGGCAAGGGCAAAUAAUUUUGUCAACAGACUAAUUUAUUCUUGUAUCUUUGUGACUCUGAUGUGAAUCUUAUUCAGGAAUAACCAGCAUACACAGUAAUAACUUGUUAUCUAAUAAUUUUGUGGUAGUUACAUUUUUUUCUCUCAUUGUCUAAGCAUUCUGUGUUCCAGCUGAUGUUCAUAUUGUCUCUUCCACAGCUGUGGUAAUGCUGGCAAUGUCUUAAGUUCUUCUUCCUACAGAGUGUAUUUAGUUGCAGAUUACAAUGUUCUCAGCUGCGUUUGUCUUGGGUGCAGUUUAAAUGCCAGUCAUUCAAACCCAUUUUUUAUUCCCUGUGUGCUCUUCUGAUUUAUGUGAAAUAUGUUUUCUAAUAUGUGUUAAUUUGUCUUUGUUAAGCUGAAGGCUUGCAUUGUUUUCUUUAUUAGCUAAAGUUAUGAAUCAGUUUAGUUCUGUUUUGGAAGGAGCAUUUUGUUUUUUUUUAAAACAAUAAACCCCAAUUUAGAAUUGUGCAUGUUUUAACUUGUUUCCGUUUCCCUCUGAAUUAUUUACUGAGAGAUAAUCCUUGCAUAAAGAGCCAUCAAUGCUGUGAAUUUUGACUAAAGCUGAUGGAGAAAUUGCAGUUGCAUGCCAUGUAGAAGAACUUCCUAUUUUCAUAGAAAUAAAAAAAGUUUGUAUUGGUUUCAUGCUGUCUCAGAUUUGAUUUGUGGACUUGAAUAAAUCACUACAUUUGUCUGUGUCUUUAUUUUCUUUCAUAAAAAUAGGAGGCCUGCACCAAGAUAAGAGAAAUAUAUAGAAUAUUCUGAACUGCUUUAAUCAUACGGGCCAAAUGCAUGCAUGCUGCUUUUUAACAGUCUUGUAAUAGUAUUUGAAAUGAUAAACCGAUAGUAAAAUUGCAGGUACUUAUUUGCAAGAUUCCAAAUACAACCACUGUGAUGUAUUCUUGCUAGGACAAGUGCUAAGAUUGUUGUUCUUAUUCCCCUUCCUUUCUCAUCAAAAUUAAUGUGCUAAAGCAGUACAUUCUCUGAGGCUGGUUGAUACUUGUGCCUUUGGGAGGCUUUUUCAUGCUCCCUUUGAUCACACUGCCCUCACACAAGAAAGAGAACCUGCAUCAGGAUCUCAGAAGGGUGUUCCAACUACUUAGUCAUGAUGCAAGAAUUUAUUAAUGACUUAAGGCUAUUCUGCUUCACAGAAGAAAGUUGAGAACAAGAGCUCUUGUCCAAAGAGAUGACGUUUCAUUGAGGAAUGGAAUCUGAUUUGUUCCAAUCCAGUGAUAAGUGACCUUCCAUUAGUUUUCUUACAAGCAACCAUUAUAAGGUAUAAGGUCUGUCUUAAGUGAUGCUGGCCUAAGCAAAGUUAAUUUCUGAAGUGCUGGAUGAACAGGUAAGAAAACUCCACAGUCUGGAUCUUAAAGAGAAUAUGGAAUUCAAGCUACCUGUAGUACUAAUGGCUCAUGUCGCUUGAAGACAAAUGCCCAUUCUCAUGCUGCUGGGUUUCUCUGCAAAUUUCAUCACCAACACAAGAAAGACUGGAGAGUUGGGCUGAAGUCCACUGACUGUUUUAGACUUGCAUAUGAAUAUCUACAGACAUGUCAUCUUUCCAGCAGUUUGAAUCAUGAAUUUACAAUCACGGCAAACUGUGGAUUCAGUUUCCAAAUAUAUCUUUAGUCUUGACACCCAAAUUCCCACCUUCUUCCCCCUCCCACUGUACAAAUGAAGAAUAUGGUGCAUUGUUUGCAGGGUAGUUCAUGUGAGUCAAAUGUUACAAUUUAUUUUUGCAAGAUAAAACUAGAAGAAAAUAGUUCUGUCUCAUCACUCAAGGGUAAAGUGUCAUUGAAUCUCAUCAAAAGUUUUGAUAAACAGGACACAAUCUGGGCUUGCUUGCUUUCUUGAUCACUGUAUGGCAUCCUUUGAGAGCUACGCAGUACUCAUCCCUAAGUUAUGUCUUCAAACCAUACUUGUCUUAGGUACUUAAGCUUUCUUCUGCCUUGUCUUCAGGUAAAUUUUCCCCUACCAGGAUAGAGGUUCCGUUCCCCCGCCUAGAAGUUGGGAUGAGUGCUCUGUCUUGCAUACACUUGAUGUUACUCAUUUUCAUUAGUUUCCUGUAACACUUCAUUUUGAAGGCAGAAAAGCUCUACUGUCUGUAUUUAAGUUUAUCUUCAACAUGCAUUUCAGAAAACAAAAACCACUUUUGUUGAGCAGGAGCUGGGAGUUAAGAUCUGUCAGAAAUAGAAGAGAUUCUCUAAGUGGGAUUUGAGAUGUCCUGAGAGAGGUGUUCUUGUUUCACUGUCUCUGUGAAUUUGGGUAGGAAUACCCAUGCUGUUUGAAAAUAUCUUGAUGUUAUUGCUGUCAGUUUAUGUGAUCUCUUCAGAUCUGCUGCUGUCUCUACCAUUUUUUCCACAGUUUCUUGCAGUGACCAAGUGAAGCUGAGAUUAUUGGCAAAGCAUAGGUGGAUACUUUUUGCAGUGGUGAACAUAGGUUUCUGUAGCCUUCCAUCUGUACCCAUCCAGUUUAUAUUUUUCUGAUAACAAUUGAGUGUUAAGUAGUCCAUCAGGUCCCCACAAACUCUCAUAAUCACUUCUGUAUAGUGAUUUUUUGUUGGCCCGUUGCACUGUUUUUUCAUAAACUUUUACAAGCUGAAGCAUUUCAAAGAAGGUCAUGCUGCCAACUGCCAUAGGAAAGAAUCUGUAAGCUUUCCCAUAAGGGGCUGCAGUUUGAUGGGAUAAAAUGGGAUAAUUUUUUCCUCCUUCUCCCUCAAUGGGCGGUACCUGAAUAUUUUUGCUACAGAUGUGCGGUACCUGUGGCACGGAUUCCUGCUGUUGUAUUGUGGAAUGUGAAUGCUGAACAAGCUACAGUUAGUACAUGUAUGUGUUCUUCAGCAAAGUGCUUCUCUCUAUUACACAACCAUUUUGUAAAUUGAAAGGAAAUGAUCAUAACACAAAGCUGUGGAAGAAUGUUGUCUAGAAAAAUAUCUGCUUUGUUACCAGUUCGAUUAAGAUGCAUUUCAAACAUAAUUAUAGCAAUGGGGCCAGUAGGUAAUUGUUUAUCUCUGUUCCUUUUUCUUCAUUUUCCUCUGCUGGUAGGCCUGUUAUAAUUGCCCUUAGUGUACAUGCUAGAAAAAAGAAUUUUCUGUGUUUUUUGUUUUGUAGUCCUGUAAGCAAGAAAAUAAUAUAGAGCUGUACUGGACUGAUGAACAUUUCAAGAGUAAUCUAAGUGUCAGAAAGACUUGAUUAUUAGGUAGUGAAAAAUCUCCUGAAGAUUAUAGCAUAGGCACUUGAUGUACCUUAUAAAAAUAUGCUUGCUUUCAUCAUCCAUGUUGUUUCAUGAGAUGGUUAAAAACAGGUUAAAGAUUAUAUUGCGUCCUUGUAAAUCAGGACUUAGGAGAGCACAAAAGACAGAUCUUUGGUGCCGAAAGGCAAGUGUUUAAGAACAAGUGGUAAAAUUGAUUUCAUUUAUCCUGUAGUUAUCAAAAGUAUGAUCACUGUGUUAUGAACUGUAUGAAGAUUGCAAUGGCUGCUGCCCCCCUCCCUGAUUCGUAUAUCUAAUGUGGUGCUAAUAUGGUGUCCAAACUCUGUAAUUGUCAUUACAAUGCUAUUACAUACUAUUUCAAAGAAAAAAAAAAGGCUAGUGUUUUUUUCACAGAUUGGUGGGCUGAGUCAGCUCACUGUGCAGCCACAGUGGUUCCAGGAUGGAGGUAUAGGAUUGUGCAAGGCUGGUGGAUGUCCCCUGACUGUGACUUCCCAUAGUAACAAAUUCUUAGAUUAUCUUGACUGCCAUAUCUUUGCCCUCUAAGGUCCUUCUCUGGCUGCUGCUCCAAAUUCAAAGACUGAAAAGCUUUGGGUGCAUAAUGUACAUUUUAGUCCUUUACAUUUUGUGGUGUGUUUUAUUCCAUUGCCUUUUUUUUUUUUUUUU